AUGGCUACAGGUCAUCCGCAUGAUGCUCCCAAGAGCCGUCGGGUCGGGGAGCAUUGGAGUGGUGCCAAUCCCAUUCCAACAAUUAACGAAGAACACCGGGCUAAUAAAGCAAGGAUUGCACAUGAAAAAGCGCAAGGAACCUAUGGAGAGCAAUCAGAGCACGCAGAUCAAAAGGAUCAAACCGAGGGAGGUGCUGUCGCUCAUAAGCCACGCGAAGUGUCCCAGGCCAGGAUUCGUACCGUGACAGACCCAACCACGGGCAAGGAGAUCGGCGUGGAAGACCUAGAUGAGACAUGCAUGGAUACUGUAAAUAAUCCAAUGUUGACGGUUCCGAAUGCAAAUCUUGGGAAGCCCACGGACAUCCAAACAAGUGCCGACCAAGAUCUUGCGGAGUAUAAAAGGAUACAGGACAUUACCGCACCUCCCGAUCCUAUCGCCGAGGGUACAACCUCCGAUGUUCCCAUUCGAGGAGAAAAGACGAACGUUCUGUUCCACCCCACGCCAACUGUCACGUACCAGCCCAUGUUUGACGCACUGCAGAAGCGUACAACUGGCAUUUGCAUUGGGAUACCUGUUGCCAUAAUCAUACUAGGGCGGAUGUGCGGAGGAUCUCUUUGGGGUCUUGUUCCCUUAGCCGCAUGCAUCACGAGUGGAAUAUGGUUAUGGAUGAAGGAAGUCAUUCGCAGCGGUCGCGCAAUGGAGUGGGAGAGUGAGCAUCUUCGCGGUCAGAUGGCUACUGCCAAUCUCCUUCCUGAAUCUGUGGAGUGGUUGAACAGUUUCCUCGGUGUCGUGUGGGGGCUCGUUAACCCGGAAAUGCUGACACCUGUGGCCGACACAAUCGAAGAUAUCAUGCAAGUCUCUGCACCCAAGGUUGUAGAGAAUGUUCGCAUCGCCGCAAUUGAUCAGGGCAGCAACCCACUCCGAAUUCUGAGCAUGCGGGCUCUCCCCGAUGAUCAUGUGGAAGGUUUGAAGGAAAACAUCCGCGAGGAAAACAAAAAGAAUAAGGACCCACAGGAAGCUGCUGCUGCCGAAGAAGGAGGGAGUUACUACAACAUGGAAGCCUCCUUCGCCUAUCACGCAAGCCCAACCGGUCACAGUGCGUCUUCGAAAGCACGCAACAUGCACAUGCAACUUGUAUUCUAUCUGGGCAUUCGAGGCUUAUUUGGUGUGCCAUUUCCCGUAUUCGUGGAGCUGAUUGAACUUGUCGGGACUGUCCGCUUGCGCUUCCAAAUGAUGCCCGAACCACCAUUUAUGAAGGAUGUGACGUUCACCUUAGUCGGAAUCCCCCACGUUCGAGCAGGCUGCAUGCCAAUGUUCCGAACGGGUGUGAAUGUUCUGAACUUACCGUUGAUCUCCAACUUUGUCAACUCCGCCAUUAGUACCGCUUGUGGCAUGUUUGCAGCCCCCAAGUCCAUGACCAUGGAUCUCGGCAUGAUGUUGACAGGAGAUGACAUCCACAAGGAUACUUUGGCUCUGGGAUGCUCGCGGCAGCGAGGGGGCGGCAGCGACCCAUACAUCAACCUGUCCUUCUCAAAGUAUGGCAAGCCCAUGUAUUGCACACGCGUGAUUACGGAUGACCUUAAUCCGAUUUGGGAAGAGACUGCCGCCCUUCUUGUGACACCGGAGUUGAUCAAGGCCAAUGAAAACCUGAGCAUCGAGCUCUGGGACUCUGACCGCAACACCGCGGAUGACAUUGUCGGCAAGGUCGAGCUACCUAUCCGUGAGAUGCUUCAGCAUCCCAGUCAGAUGUAUCCCCAGGUCUCGAAGCUUCAGGGCAUGGACCAGGGCAGUGAGAUGCCCGGUGAGCUACAUUGGGAAGUUGGCUACUUCGGAAAACCAAAGCUUCGCCCUGAGCUGCGUACUGAUGGCCAGAAGAAAGACCUUCCCGAAAACCUCAGAGGCGAUCCGACUUUCGAAGACGAAAAGGGGGCUAUCAAAAACGAAGAAGAGGAUGCCAUUAUGCAUACACCACCUGAUCCAAUCUGGCCUAGCGGUAUUGUGCACAUUGUUGUGCACCAAAUCGUCAACCUUCAGCUUGCCAAUAUCAAGGGCAGUGAUGGGAACCGCAAGGGUAAAGAGUAUGAGCCAGCGAAGCCAUAUGGUGAGAACACAGAGGAGGAAGGUGAAGAUCUCCCAACGAGUUACUGCAUGGUUUUGUUGAACGACCAACUGAUCUAUCGCACUCGUGCGAAGGCUGUGAGCUCUAAGCCCAUCUUCAACGCAGGAACUGAGCGAUUUGUUCGCGACUGGCGCUCAGCUGCUGUGACCAUCACCGUCCGUGACCAACGCUAUCGCGAGCAUGACCCUAUCCUUGGCGUGGUUCCCCUGAAGCUAUCUGAUAUUCUUCAAACCAGCUCACAAGUGACCCGCUGGUAUCCUCUCGAUGGUGGUAUUGGUUUUGGACGUAUCCGCCUUUCUCUUUUGUUCCGCCAUGUGGAGACUAAGCUGCCACCUUGCAUGCUUGGCUGGGAUGUCGGCACCUUUGAAUUUGCUGGACAGAACAUCAUCGCGAAGGACUUUGGUCGACACUCUAAGAUCAAGCUGCGCACCGGGGGCAGCGUUGGCAAGAUCACCCGGCACAAGUGCCACAUGGAAGGCAAUGAUGCGGUAUUCGAUAUCUCUGAUGACGCUUUCCGCGACUCAAUUCGCAUGCCUGUGAAGUACCGAUACCGCUCCCCGAUCGUGUUCGAGUUCCACAACCCGGGCAAGCGAGGCGCAGCUGCAUACGGUAUUUUGUGGCUCCAACAUAUUGUCGACAACGAGGAAACAGACAUUGACAUUCCCAUCUGGACAACAAAGAUGGGCGCUCGCUUGACACAGAAUUACGUCACGGAGGAGAACUGGAAGGCCAAGCAGGUACCUGGACUCGAAGACUUGACAGAAGUGGGACGUCUGCAAUUCCGAUGCAAGUUCUCGCCGGGCAUUGACGAAUCGCACGAGCUCUUCGUGAUUGACAACGACUCCCGCGAGACUUUCGAGACGUGGGAAGCGUGCGUGUCCCAGGGUGUCCGUACCAACACGGUGGAGGUCGAAGUUCCUCCUGAAGUGCAGGAAUUGCACGAGCAGUCUCUGAUCGAAGGACGGGACAUCUUGAAGCAAGCCUCGCCCUCUGAGCGUCAGCGGUGGAUUGACCACGACGGCCAAGACUGGAGUGGAGCGUUCGGUCAAGACCCGCGGGCGUACACUGAUUCCCUCGGACGCAAAAUCGCGGAGCCUGGCCGGGACCAACCGCCCCAUGACCCGUACACCCCUCCGCCCCUCAAGGAUCCAUCUUCUCAUCGAUCCAGUUCCCAAGAUGGAGAGCACCACGACGAGAAUACCUCGGAGUCAGAUGACGAGCUCGAGCCCUUGUCGAAGGGACCCUCGACCAUCAGUGGCAGUGGACCUGGGACGUCUGCGUCACACAGCAAUAUGAGUACUCGCCAGAUCAACAAGGCGAAUAAACACAGCGAGCAGCGACAGCAGCGUGGUAUGAUGCAGUGGCGGCCUGCUCGCAAUGCUGCUUUUGCUAAAGAUGAGGCCAAGUAUGCGUUCCGGAAGAUGAAGAAGAAGAUCGGUGCUGGUGGUCUCACUGGUCGCGAGCCAGAUGUCGAGACGGAGACUUGA